AUGGACAAGGACAUUUCCAAGUUAAAUGUGACCGACCUCCUUGGUCCACUGUUGAUUUGUGUACCAAAAUACCAAAAGUUAAAAUUAAUUGUUUUAACUGUUUCUUUUUUUUCAGAUAAUCUCAUAGUGUUAACUGAUUCUGCUGUAAUAUAUUUUAACAUAAACAAUUUUGAAGCUAUCAAAACACUUCAAAUAAGCAAAAUAGAUGUUUCACGGGUUUUAAAGAGAGUUAAUGACGGCCUUCCCUAUGGAUUGCGUAACAGAACGAGGGCGGGAAUAUGUGGCCUACGUCAACCUAGAACAGAUUCUCUUGAGAAAGUAAACUGGUAUCAAGAAACUUCAUCAUUGAUUGCUGAACUCAACUCAACAGAAAUUCUUAAACUGUCUCUUACUAACAAAUUACAUACAGAACCUGUUGAUUCAGAUACAGUAAAUAAAAUAUAUAUCAAUAGACCGUUUACAUAUAAGGUCCAUUUAAAUUCUUGCUAUGUUAUCUCUGAAAGUGUCCUCUGGGUCUAUACAGCCAAGCCCAAUCGUUGGGAUACGAAACGGAUAGCAAAAUAUUACGGAGAUGAGAUAUUACUUCACAGCAUACACAUACACAAUGAGAAUGUGUAUGUUCUGUUAACAAAGGGUGACGUUCUUCUUGCUGAUUUAAACCAUAACAAGUUCAAAAAAAUAUUUCACUUGACUGAUCCUCUAUCCUUGUGGGGUGGCGAUUCAGUGCCAUUCAUGUUUGGUACUUGCAUUCUUCUAAGAAAUGUACCAAAUGCCAAACCCUGUGAACACCCUGAAGUUAACCCUUACAGAAAAACCGAGUCAUUGAGUAGCAUAUAUCGAGACGGAGUCACGUGUGUUUUAGAACAUGGUCACGUUGUACUCCUUGGAUAUAGAGAUGGAGACAUCGAAAUUUAUCUUUAUAAAAAAAUAAUUGAUUCAGGAGUACCGGAGGUAAAAUUCAAUUUACAAUAUUUUAUAGAUGGUACAAUGCACAAGGAACCGGACCUGAGAAUCAGAUCACUUGACAUUUACGAUGAUGAUGCAGGACAUCAUUUGUUUGUAUCGACAUAUUGUAAUGUCUAUGAAGUGUUGUUAAGUUUUUAAGUUCUACCAUAAAUAUUUUCAUUCUAUUGAAUUUAUAAUACUUAAAUAAAUAAUUGUAAUGUUUUAAAUAAAUGAAAUAAAUGUAAUA